AUGGAUGAUACUAACAUUGUUGACGACUUCAUUGAGAAACUUGCACCUGUUGUUUGCACAUUCAGGGGUUGGGAAGAUAUCAGACACCGAGCAGUAGCCAAGAGCAGACAUGUGCCUGUACCAAGCUUCAUGCUUGGGCCAUUAAGAACAACGGCAGCAAGCCUUGGUACUUCUGUCCAACAUGAAUCUCUGGACGAAGAGCCUGACAUGACUGCAGCAGCUGUCCCCAUGGAUGAACAUAAAAAGAACAAUAUGUUGAGAAUUGUAUGCAUAUCCGGGCCCAUCAACAUAUUCCACCUCAUCAUCAAUCUCAAUAAUUUUGGGCAAUCUGUUGAAAACCUUUAUCACCUAUCUGGUCUUUUCUAUGAUGGUGUCUGCUUAUUCCACCUCAGUGAUAAUGGAGAACCCAUCAUAUUGUCCCAUGCAUCAAAUGGCAUGCCAGGUCCUGAAUCACAUGUGAACCACCGACAUAUGAUCUUUGAGUUUGACAUGCCUACAUGGAAGCAUACAAUAGAAGUCUUUCAAAUCACAGAGUCUGUGAUGCCUCAGCGCCCUCCAGCCAUUGUAUAA